AUCAAACAAACAUUGGGCUGUGAAAACAUUUUCAUUGAUUUUGGAGUGCAAAUUAUCACUGUAUUUCAGCACAGAAUGGCGCAUAUACCAGCGGCCUCGUUGGGCAACAAGAACAAGAAACAUUUUCUUGGAGUGCCGGCACCGUUAGGCUACGUAGCUGGUGUUGGUCGAGGUGCAACUGGGUUCACCACUCGUUCGGAUAUCGGACCUGCUCGUGAUGCCAAUGAUGUUUCGGAUGAUCGGCACGCGCCUCCGGCAGCAAAGCGCAAGAAAAAAGAGGAAGAAGAAGAGGAUGAUGAAGAUUUGAACGAUUCCAACUACGACGAAUUCAGCGGCUACAGUGGUUCGCUGUUCUCGAAAGAUCCGUACGACAAGGAUGAUGCGGAAGCGGACGCCAUCUACGAGAGCAUCGACAAGCGCAUGGACGAGAAGCGCAAGGAGUAUCGCGAGAAACGGCUCAAGGAAGAUCUCGAGCGUUAUCGUCAGGAGCGACCGAAAAUUCAACAGCAGUUUUCUGACCUGAAGCGAAACUUGAUCGCCGUUUCGGAGGACGAGUGGGCCAACCUGCCGGAGGUGGGCGACAGUCGCAACAAGAAGCAGCGCAAUCCGAGGGCCGAAAAGUUUACCCCACUACCGGACAGUGUGUUAUCGCGUAAUCUCGGUGGUGAGGCACAGUCCGCGAUCGAUGGACGUUCCGGAUUGGCCUCGAUGAUACCGGGCGUGGCCACGCCGGGCAUGUUGACACCGAGCGGCGAUUUGGAUCUGCGCAAGAUCGGACAGGCCCGAAAUACGCUCAUGAACGUGAAACUGUCGCAGGUGUCCGAUUCCGUCGCCGGCCAAACCGUGGUCGAUCCGAAGGGCUACCUGACCGACCUGCAGAGUAUGAUCCCUACCUACGGUGGGGAUAUUAACGACAUCAAAAAGGCACGCAUGCUGCUGAAAAGUGUACGUGAAACGAAUCCGUACCAUCCACCGGCCUGGAUCGCUUCGGCCCGUUUGGAGGAGGUCACGGGCAAGCUUCAAAUGGCACGCAAUCUGAUUAUGCGUGGCUGUGAACAAAACCCGCAAAGCGAGGACUUGUGGCUCGAGGCGGCCCGACUUCAGCCACCCGAUACGGCCAAGGGAGUGAUCGCUCAGGCGGCCCGACGCAUCCCGACGUCGGUACGUAUCUGGAUCAAGGCGGCCGAUCUCGAGACGGAACCGAAAGCGAAAAGACGUGUGUUCCGCAAGGCUCUCGAGCACAUUCCCAACUCGGUGCGCCUGUGGAAGGCGGCGGUAGAGAUGGAGAACCCGGAGGAUGCGAAAAUUUUACUCUCCCGUGCCGUGGAGUGCUGUGGCACCAGCGUGGAGCUUUGGUUGGCCCUGGCCCGCCUGGAAACGUACGAAAAUGCACGAAAGGUGCUCAAUAAGGCCCGCGAGAAGAUCCCGACCGAUCGACAGAUUUGGACGACCGCCGCCAAGCUGGAGGAAGCGAACGGGAACAUUCACAUGGUGGAGAAGAUCAUCGAUCGUGCUCUCUCGUCGUUGAGCGCAAACGGGGUCGAAAUUAACCGCGACCAGUGGCUUCAGGAGGCGGUCGAGGCGGAAAAAUCGGGCGCCAUCAAGUGCUGCCAAGCGAUCGUACGGGCCGUGAUCGCGAUCGGCAUCGACGAGGAAGAUCGCAAGCAGACGUGGAUCGAUGACGCGGAAAACUGCGCCAAGGAGGGUGCGUACGAGUGCGCCCGUGCCGUGUACGGCUACGCGUUGAGUGAGUUCCCGUCAAAGAAGAGCAUCUGGUUGCGGGCAGCAUAUUUCGAGAAGAAUCACGGUACACGCGAGAGCCUCGAGGCGUUGCUGCAGAAGGCCGUCGCCCACUGUCCGCAGUCGGAAGUGCUCUGGCUUAUGGGAGCCAAGUCGAAGUGGUUGGCCGGUGACGUUCCCGCCGCCCGUGGCAUCCUUUCACUUGCGUUCCAGGCCAACCCGAACUCCGAAGACAUCUGGUUGGCGGCGGUUAAGUUGGAGUCGGAAAAUGCCGAAUACGAACGCGCCCGCCGUCUGCUGGCGAAGGCACGAGCAUCCGCACCGACACCGCGUGUCAUGAUGAAAUCGGCCAAGCUCGAGUGGGCCCUCGACAAUCUGGAGGAGGCACUGAAGCUCCUCGACGACGCGGUUAAAGUGUUCCCCGACUUUGCCAAACUGUGGAUGAUGAAGGGGCAGAUCGAGGAGCAGAAGGCGCUGCUAGAAAAGGCGGCCGAAUCGUACAAUGCCGGAUUGAAGCGCUGCCCGAAUUCUAUUCCCCUUUGGCUGUUGCUGGCGGCGCUUGAGGAGAAGCGAAACCUUCUUACCAAAGCGCGUUCCGUGCUCGAGCGGGGACGGUUGAAGAAUGCGAAAAAUCCUUUCCUCUGGCUGGCGGCAAUCCGGAUCGAGAUACGGGCCGGUAUGAAGGAUAUGGCCCAUACGCUGAUGGCCCGUGCGAUACAAGAUUGUCCGAACGCCGGUGAACUUUGGGCGGAGUCGAUCUUCCUCGAGGCGAGACCGCAAAGGAAGACAAAAUCGGUUGAUGCCCUCAAAAAGUGCGAGCACGACCCACACGUACUGCUGGCCGUUUCAAAGCUGUUUUGGAGUGAGCGAAAGCUACAGAAAUGUCGCGAUUGGUUCAACAGGACGAUAAAAAUUGAUCCAGAUUUUGGUGACGCUUGGGCCAACUUUUACAAGUUCGAACUACAACACGGUACCGAGCAGCAGCAGAAGGAACUGAUCGAACGGUGCAACGCGGCCGAACCAAAGCACGGCGAAGAGUGGUGCAAGGUCAGCAAGGACAUCGCCAACUGGUGCUUCAAGACGGAGGACGUCCUGAAGGCGGUCGUGCGCAAUCUGCCCACACCGAUCUAAACAAAUCGUAUUCAGUUUCGAUGUGGAGAACUGGAACGAAUGUUAUUUAAGCAGCACAUAACCAAUAAAGUCUACGUUCUGGAACACAUUUUGAACCCAU